UUGAGUCAGUCUUCGAUCUCGUGUUCUCUCAUCAUUUCAACAUUCCGCUGCGUAUUACUCGUCGGAGGAAGUUUCGAGGAGGUCGGUUCGUGCUCGCGCAACUUCAAUCGGAUCGUCCUCUCCUCGGACGUUCGUCCAUCAAGUGGUAUUCAGAGCUCAGGUUCGAGCACGCUUCAGAGUCCCUCCAGGUGUGAUACUGUAUCCUUGCAAAAAAAACCUUUAUUCCUCACACAAAUAGCUAAAGUGGAACCGGAACGAUUCAAUAACUGCCAUCUUUAGGUCUUGGCUCAGACACCUCUCUCUUUGGACACGACUAGCAUUCAAAAUCGAAGCAAAGUGAAAGGGCACAGUUUUUAUUCCUUUUUGCCUUCUCCGCUUAAAGUUUCUGCCGAAAAUGGGAAGCGAAGAUAAUGUGAAGCAUCUUGAAGACUGCUCCGUUUCUAAUGCAUUAGGCACUUGGGUGUUCUCAGUUGCAGGAGCAUUGUUGGCUAUUCCAGUUGGCAUAAAGCGCAAAUCUCUAGCACCCCUUGUAUUUUUUGGCACCACAGGUACUAUGUUGGAUAUUAUUAUGGGGAUCACUGCUUGCGAAAGGGAACACGCAGAGCGCCAAAUGAAGCUACUUGAAGCGCAAAAUGCUGCUGCCGAAACUUCCUUGGGUGAAACAGAAAUUGAUUCAUAAACCGCUAUCUUGAAGUUGUCAGCAUUGUCAAACUUGUUUGGGCAUGAUUGUAACAAACUAAAUGCACUUUUCUGGUGGUCACUAGUCAAAUAUUCUUCUACUUGAUGUUUUUU